AUGCGCGAGAAACUGGGGGAGGGCGGUUUCGGCGCCGUGUUCGCUGCCGUCGACGUUGCGGCCCGCGCGGCGAUGCUUGACCGGGACGAGGACGAGAGCGACGACGAGGUUGAUGAGACGAGCACGCUCGUUGCCAUCAAGGUUGAGGCCCCGGGUUCGCUCUGGGAGGCGGCGAUGCUGCAGCGCGUGCACUCGCGUCUUGCCGCCGAGCUUAUCCCCAGCAUCAUCCGUCCCCGCGGACUGCAUGCGUACUCUGAUGAGUCCUACCUCCUUCUCGACUUCAGUGCGCAGGGCACGCUCCUCGAUGUGGUGAACAAGGCCACCGUGUGGGGCAUCAGCGCGAUCCCCAACGGCCCUUCCGUUCCCGACGAAAUCGUCGCGCUCUUCUUCACAGCCGAGCUCCUCCGCCUCGUGGAGGGCCUGCACUCGCAGUCCAUGAUCCACGGCGACCUCAAGAUCGACAACUGCAUGGUGCGUCUGGACGCCAUCCCUGCCUCCGAUGGCGGCGCAAGCAGCUGGUCCACGCAAUACUCUCGUGACGGAAGGGGAGGGUGGAAGCACAAGGGCGUGCGCCUCAUCGACUUCGGCCGUGCGCAGGACCUCACACUCUAUGACGCAGGCAAGGAGCAGCGCUUCACGGCCGAUUGGAAGACGGACGAGCGCGACUGUCCCGCCAUGCGCCAGGGCAGGGCCUGGUCCUACGACACGGACUACUUUGGCCUCGCGGGCGUGUGCUACUGUCUCCUCUUUGGCAAGUUUAUCGCGACCGAGACGGACGAGCGGGGCCGCGUGCGCGUCGACCAGGCGUUCAAGCGGUACUGGCAGGUGCAGCUCUGGACGCGGGUGUUCGACACUCUCCUGAACCCCUACGAUGGCGCUGGGGCAGAGGGAGAGGGAGAGCGCGGCCCCAUCCUUGGCAAGCUGAGGGAACUCCGAGAGGCGCUCGAGGAGUGGCUCGAGGCCAACUGUCAGAAGAACGGGAAGAGUCUGAAGCAGCUGCUCAAGCGUAUCGAGCUGAGGGCUAUGGAGCGUCGGUAG